AUAUAUUUUUUAAGUAUUUAUUUAUAUAUUUAUUAGAAUCCUAAAUUUCACAUUCCAAAAACUCUACCACACUCCUCAACUCUAAACUCUAAGUCUAGAUUAGUUAACCCUAAGAGUAUAAUUGUCUUUUAUCCUUCAUUAAAAGUGAAGGUAAAAGUGGUUAGUAUAAACAUGAAAAGUGGUACUAUGAAUGUGCUAUUUGUAGCAAUUUCCCUAGUUUCAAAUGGUACGCAGAUCACAAAAACGCAUAUCAAAUAGAAAAUGCAUAUUAAGCAGAACAAAUACAGAUCAAUCUGAACAAAUGCAGAUCAAACUGAUAAUGCAGAUCUGACAUAUUAUAUUAAAUAAAUAUAUAAUUAUUUAUAAAAUAAAUUUACUGAUUAUCAUAUUUGAUUGAAUAUUAGAAAAAAAGUAAAAUAACUUCUUUUUUUUUUACCAAACACCUUCGGAUGAUUUCUUCGACCAAAUCCUCGGUCUUCCCAACUUCCCAGCCUCUUCAGCCACCGGUUUAUUUGGUGGGUUAGGCGGAGGAGGAGGAGCACCGCCGAUGAUGCUGCAGGUUGGUUCAGGCGAGGAAGGAAGUGGGUUUCACAGUCAGAUGUUUCCUUUAGGUUUGAGUCUUGAACAAGGGAAAGGACCUGGCGUUCUUAGACCUGAAGGUGGUGGUGGUCUUGGAAGUGGGAAACAAUUCUCAGAUGAUGUUCUUGAUCAUCCUUCUUCUUCUAUGAAACCUGUAUUCCCUGGGCAGCCGAUGCAACAGCCAGCUCCAUCGGCGCCCCCACAUCAGCCUACAUCCAUCCGACCUAGGGUUCGAGCUAGGCAUGGUCAGGCUACCGAUCCACAUAGCAUCGCUGAAAGGCUACGUAGGGAAAGAAUAGCAGAACGGAUCAGGGCGCUUCAAGAACUUGUUCCUACUGUUAACAAGACAGAUAGAGCUGCUAUGAUCGAUGAGAUUGUCGAUUAUGUAAAGUUUCUCAGGCUCCAAGUUAAGGUUUGGAGCAUGAGUCGUCUUGGUGGAGCCGGUGCUGUUGCUCCACUAGUUACUGAUAUGCCUUUGCCAUCAUCAGUUGAGGAUGAAGGGAGUGAGGGUGGAAGGACACCACAAGCAGCGUGGGAGAAAGGGUCUAAUGAUGGUACUGAACGUCAAGUGGCUAAACUGAUGGAAAAAAAUGUUUGGGCUGCAAUGCAGCUACUUCAGUCUAAGACUCUUUGUAUGAUGCCAAUCUCAUUGGCUAUGGCUAUUUACCAUUCUCAGCCUCCGGAUACUUCAUCAUCAGUGGUUAAACCGGAGACGAAUCCUCCUCGACCGUAGGAUUCUUGUGCAAGUAAGGGUUUGUACAGCAACACAACGGUGCAUGACUUUGGUUUGUUGAUGUUUCAUUUCCCUCCCACAUCCACUUGUUUGGUAAAUUAAUGGAGAUGGAACCUAUGUAGGCAGGGUUUGCAGUAAAAGGGAGAAUAUGUCGAAAGGGUUUUGAGGUGGACUUUGAUGAAAACAACUUUUUAUUUUCAUGGCUUUAGUGGGAGGUUUAUGAAGGAGCUUGAAGUAAUAGUAGUGGGAAGGUGUAGGACCUUGUUGAGUUUAUGUACACGUUGGAAGAAAAAAUAAGUACUUGAAUUAGUAUUAUUAUUUAUUUUGUAUAAAUUGGGAGUGCAAAUAUCGUCUUUUAUAUUAGAAUCUAUAAUAUUAAUAUGAACCUAAGCUUUAUAUUGAACUAAUA